AUGUGGCGAACUGUUCUAAAUAAAAAGCAGGAGCUCCCGGAGGCUGACUCCGGCCGCAUUCUGAUGAGGCAUGUGACACGCGCGCUCCACUAUUUGGACGCGAUAAAAAGGUCCUCCACCGUUCAUUGGCUCCCAUUCUCGGCGACGAGCACUCGGCUGCGGAGCGUAAAUGCGGACGUCGCCAAUGAGCCCGCGACUGCGGCCCGACACGACACUAAAAGCCCCGCGGUUUAUUGUCGCACGUGUAACGCAACACUCGCAGGAUGCUUAGGCAGAGCCCUCUCGGUUUCUUCUAGUCUCGGGCACUGCGUGAACAUCGGGAAUGGAGACUCAAUUGGGGGCUCCAUCGGCUCGGUCAUUGAGUGCACGAUUUGUUCGUCCCCCCCCCCCCCCCCUCUUUCGUUCCUUAUAACAUGGCCAACGGGAGCAAAUCCUUCCGCUGAGGAGGGUGGCGGUGCAGCCUCUGUCACGUUGUUACGAUCUCAAUUGGCCCUGAUGCGGUGCACGGCCAGAGGUCUCAAAUGCGCCCUAACGAGGCCGCGGGGCUUCUGCUUAACAACGGUGCCAAUUGGUUUUAACUACACGCGAAAU